GCGCGGCUAGAAAGGACAAGCGUCGUGUGGAUACAUUUUGGAAAGAGAUGGCGGGUAAAAAUGGAAAAAAUAAGGAGCCUAGUGCUCUUGCCAAAUUUUACCUACUUGGUUACAACUUGGGCCAGGUUAUUGGAUGGACAUACUUGUUAUACCAAAUUCAAGGGUAUUAUCUUGGCUUGGCAGGAGAUGAAACUCUAUGGAACACUGUGCGAAUGACAGUUAUUAUUUUUCAAAAUGCCGCUGUUUUAGAGAUCAUUAACGCAGUGACUGGCCUUGUUCCAUCAAAUCCAGUCAUCACAAUAUUUCAAGUUCUUAGUCGCGUUAUGGUAGUUUGUGGUGUAAUAUUGGCUACACCUCUUGAAUAUGCAGCUGCAUCGCCUGGCCUUCCCCUAGCUCUUAUUGCUUGGGCCAUCACUGAAAUUAUAAGAUAUUUGUACUACUUCCUGAAUCUCCUUGGACAUGUUCCUUACCCCAUUGUAUGGCUCAGGUACACAAUGUUCAUUGUCCUGUAUCCAAUUGGAAUUACUGGUGAAUUGCUCUGUUUAUAUGCAGCCCAAACAUACGCUCAUAUCAGUUCAGAUGCAUGGAGCUAUAUAUUGCCCAAUGCUUGGAAUUUCACAUUCAACUACCGUUACUUCCUUAUCUUUGUCAUGCUUCUCUACAUUCCACUUUUCCCACAUCUGUACCUGCAUAUGUUUGCUCAAAGACGUAAAAUCCUGGGAACUCCUAUGCAAACGUCAUCUAAAAAAAUACACUGAACAAUCAUAUCAUCUAUACGUUAUUAUGAACUCUUCCAUAGUGAUCUAGUUCUUCUCUUUUUUUAUACAAACGUUUUGUAAUUACUGGUAAUAUGUAUUUGGAGGUCUAAGGAAAU